CCGCAGUUGACCUCCUGCCACCGCAACGCGACAGCAGACAGCAGUUGAUUGACACCCGGAGCAGGCCAGCCAGGCUCAACCCAUCAUCCCUGACAACCGAACCUACCCAACCUUACCAAAGGCUAAACUCCCCGGUUCUCCUCCCGCGGAGAACCCCAGACUGCUUGAAUGCGCAAAGGCAACUCUAAACGGUCCUCAGUCCCUUCUUUCCCACCGCCAUCAUGGGAGACACCGCCGUCGUCGCUCUCAACUCCCUCCUCCGAGGUGCGUCCAUCGAUGACCACGCCGAGGCCCUCGACCUCGCAACCGCCGCCGUGCUCGCUGCAAAGGGCCGUGGCCCCAACCUGGGCGCGGCCCAACACACGCGCGUGGUGGCACUUUUAAACCUCGACCGCUUCGACGAUGCCCUGCGUGUGAUUGCCGAGGGCGGCGAUACCCUGGCAGCGACGUGCGUGUUCGAGAAGGCCUACGCACUCUACAAGACGGGCGACCUGGACGCCGCCGAGGCCGUGCUGCAGGAUGCUGGUGUCAGCACGGGGAGGGCGCAGAGGGGCCUGAAGCACAUUGCCGCCCAGGUGGCAUACCGCGCUGAGAAGUUUGACCAGGCGGGCAGCAUAUACCGGGAGCUAGGGGUAGGCCGGGGCGGGGCAAACUAUGGCGAGGAGAACGACCUGCGGAUCAACUUGUCGGCGACGAAUGCGCAGCUCGAGUGGCAGGGCAAGGGCUGGGCGGUGCCGGAACAGGAGAAGCAGCCCGGAAGGGAGGACCUGGAGGCGUUUGAGACGGCGUACAAUGCGGCCUGCGGAUGCAUUUCCCGUGGAGAUUUUGCCAAGGCUGUCGUUUUCCUCAAGCGUUCGAGAGAUCUGUGCGAGGCAACGGAUGAGCUGACCGAGGAGGAAAAGAAGGCGGAACUGGUGCCCAUUGUUGUGCAGCAAGCCUACGUCUUCACGAAGCUCGGGAAACUGACCGAGGCCGUGGCCCUCCAAAACUCGCUCAACCUCGACGAGACCCCGGAUUCUUCAGCCACGGUGGUUGCCCGGACGAAUGCCCUCGUCCUUCAGGCUGAGAGCAACCCCUACAUGGCACAGCGGCUUGGCGAGUCCCUACCGGAGGGUGAAGGGAACGAUAGGUUAUUUGAGUACCAGAGCUCUGUUCUUCGCCGCAACAGAUAUGUCUUGAACCUUCAGGUUCAGAAGUUCCCCGGCGUUGGGAAGACCACUUCCAAAAUUCUCUCCAAGGAACCCGUCCCAGCUGUUUCCAGCUCCAAGUGUGACCUUGGGAUCCUCGGCGCUGCGGCUGCUUCCCAGCUUCAAACUGGUCAAGAAGCCCUUCGCCACGUCCUCCCCCUACUUGAGACCCGACCUGACGAUGUUGGGCUUCUACUCACCGUCAUUCAACUCUACAUCCAACUCCAAAACCCCGGGCCUGCCAUCAACCUCCUCGAAACCUUCCUCAAGCGCCUGGAAGCUGCCACGACGCCCGACCACGCCGAUGUGCGUUUUGCCCCCGGCUUGGUUGCCCUAGCCGUGUCGCUCUACCGCACCCAAGGCCGGCACUCGGCCAUUCGCAACGAGCUCGCCAAAGCUGCGGCACACUGGCAAACGAAAACGGGCCCCGCCGCCUCCGGAGCAGGCACUUCGCUCUUGCGCGAGGCAGGUAUCGAGCUCCUCCGCUCAUCCCACCCCGCCGACCUCGCCUCGGCAGGCGAAGCUUUCGCCCACCUCCUCGCCGCCCAACCCGGCGACCGCAUCGCCAAGGCCGGUCUGGUCGCCAGCCUCGCAACAACCGACUUCUCCAAAGUCCAGCCCUACCUCGACGCCCUCCCCUCAGUCGAAGACCUGACCCGCGGUGUGGACGCCACCGCCCUGCUCGAAGCAGGCGUCGCCACCGCUCCGGCGGCCGCGCAGCAGGCCAGGGGCAAGAAGCGGGCCCACGAGGAAGACGAAACUGGCAAGGAAAGGCAGCAACAGCAAUCGCAGCCGGCGAAGAAGCGUAGGAAGAGGAAGCUGCCCACGUCGUACGACCCCAGCAAGCAGCCCGACCCGGAGCGGUGGCUGCCGCUGCGGGACCGCAGCAGCUACCGGCCCAAGGGCAAGAAGGGCAAGAAGCGGGCGGCCGAUGCGACGCAAGGCGGUGUCGUGCGCGAGGAGGAGACCCUCGAGCUGGCUGGCGGCGCGGGUUCCGUCAAGGUGGAGAAGGCGCCGGCGUCCGGCGGCGGGGGCGGCGGGAAGAAGAAGAAGAAGGGGAAGAAAUGAGCGCGCUCGCUCACUUCCUCGCUCGUCGAAGAAUAUACAUGUGUUACCUGUCUCAUAAACCAUGUUUUUCGGGCCCACCACAUGAUAGACCAGGCCUCUGAAGGAGGGGAGGAAAAAAUGCAUGACACGGCUUUUGAUUUGCAUAAAGACUGCUCAAUAGUACUCUACCGUAAUUCCUACCAAAAGGCCAAGACCAUUUAUCCCCUCCCAAC